CUUACCUGGAUGACUUGAAUCUUGAAUCGCCGUGCACAUCCGAUCGCAAUCUACGGAACGUUGCUGUUUAAUCCAGAAUCCAACCUGCUUUUAGUCUUGAGAAAACCGCCGAUUGGAGUAGUUGUUGUUCAAGGUAUUGCCGUGAGCUCGCUCAAAACAGUUGCUGCUUUCGUCACCAUCGCGAGUUACGUAAAACUUUAGUUUGCUGUGUUUCAGCUCGAUUCAGGGCUUGCAUAGAUAGUCGUGUGAUUACCGGAAUAUGGACGCAAUGCACCCCUAUUCGAUCUAGGAGAAUUCUUGGAAGGUUUUUCCCCGUGUUGAGUUUCCGGUUCGUCCCCCGCGCGUUAUCAGUUCCUCUGCUGUGCUUAUCUAUGUAAAUUUUCGCGAUCGGAUCAUUCCCACCGAAUCUUAAGGAAUUCUGCUUCCACGUCUAUGGACUCUGAGUUUGAGUUCGCGAAAAUAAAUAAAUUAAGUUGUAAUUAAUUACCAGUGAAACCUUGCAAAAUUCUACUUGGAAUUUGUUGAAGAUACACAACUCCUCAAAAUGUUAAUGCCAUCGACAAUUCACCUUUGUAUUUUUGGAAUACUGAUUGGAUUUACACAAGCUAAAGAAUCACACAAAGUUCAUUGCACAGAAGAUGUCAUGAGAGUGGAAAUUGCCAUCCCUAUGGGAAAAGCAAGCGAAACAGAAAUCUAUCUGGAAGGACUGAAAGGAUAUCCAGAUGUAAGAUGUCAACCGAAAGUGAAUGAAACAUGGGCAGAAUUCACACUUUCGCUGGAAGAUUUUUACACUUGCGGGAUAACGAGAAUGGUUAAUAAAUUGACGGGUAAAAAAGUAUAUUACCACAAAAUCAUCAUCGAAGAGGAAGAGGGCAAAGAAAUCGUUAGUGUGAAAUGUAUUACAACUGGACCAGUCUACAAUGUACUGAAUAGAACGCACACAGUAUCCAAACGAGAUGUUUUACCAGCUGGUUUCCAGGAAGCUGAGGACCUAGACAUUACAAUGUCUUAUACAAAAAAUGCUCCUGAACCAAUCAUCGAUGUGGGUGUCCGUCAAGGUGGGCAACGUGUAACUGGUGAAUUGAACGUAAGUCCAGGUACACCUCUUGUGAUGGAAAUUUUUUUGGACAAAACUUCUGCUCCUGUUUACGGAUUGGGUGUAACAUACAUGGAAGUUACCGAUACCAAGAACCAAGAAGAAACCAUCAUUUUCAACGGAUGUUCGAUCGAUCCCUACCUAUUCGAAAACUUCAACACAGUCGAUGGAGAUUUCUUAAGUGCUAAGUUCAGAGCGUUCAAAUUCCCUGAAUCGACUUACGUGCAAUUCCGGGCUACAGUUAAUGUAUGUUUGGACAAAUGCCAAGGAACAUCCUGCAGCAAUGGACAAAUUGGUUAUGGUAGAAGACGUCGUGAGAUCCGACCAAAUGCAGAUCCUAAUAAGGUUUAUGAGUUCGCUGUUGGCACCUUCAUCAAAGUCAGCGAUAUUGAAGGAAUCAAGAAAGGCGAAAUCCUGGAACUGGAAGAAAAACUGCGCCAAUUGCAAUUAGUCAAUCAAAAGUUAGCCCGGAAUAGCAGGGGAAGCGCCUCUGAGCACGAUAUGCCAAUGUAUCCAAAAGACUCCGCAACAGUUGUGGAAGAAGAAACGCUCCUGAAAAUCGCCGCCACCAGCCGCUCCUCAAGUUUCACAUCCUACAGUCCGAUUCUUCUCGUUAUCGGAGCGCUUGUAAAACUAUUGCUGUAAAUAUUGACCUCGUAACAAGCUUUAAAAUUGUAGCAACAAAUAUUCUUGAACUAAUCCUCAUGGAGUGAAAACUGCCGCCCAGUCCCUUCUACAUAGUACUAUACUUCGUAACUGCCUAAAACAUAGUAUAUUCUCGAAUAUUAACCAAAAUACUCAGAGUGUUAAUCUGUUGGAGCAAACGGCAACGUAUAACUGGAACUUCCAACUAGUCCAUGUUAAGUUUGUCUAAUUUUUCAGUUAACAAUAUCCUGGCCUCCUCUACUUUGCUACAAAAGUAUCUUUUGAUUUAACUUAAAAACUUUAAAUACUCACUUCGACUCUCAAGUUGGUUAAGUUAAACAUGCUCAAGUGUGAUCGUCUGUUAGGAAAACUUGUAUAUUUCUUUUUGGUAUCAAUACUGAAAUUAUUUUGUCUCUGUUAGCAAAAUUUAAACGGGACGACAAAACUAUUUCGACGUUAUAAUGUAGUAAGUUAUGUGUCGACGCUUGCAUUAAACAACGAAGAAAAAAGAUAAAUUUCUAAAUAGAUUUCUCAUGAUACUUCUCCAUUAACUCUUUGCUUUGUAAGUAACGUUAGAUAAUGACUAGUCUUCUAAGUUUAACUUGUAAGAUAUACAAAAUUACUAAAAAUAAAAAUGUCCAU